AUGACAAACACAAGUACCUUAUCACUACGAAGUAUUCUCGAGAAAGAGAAUAUCCUCCUCGGUUCCAACUACCUGGAUUGGUAUAGGAAACUGAAAAUCGUCUUAAGACACGAGAGAAAAAUUUACGUGCUCGAAAAUGAACUACUGAAAGAGCCUACACCCAAUGCUUCAGACGAAGAUCAGUCAUAUUAUUCUCAGUAUAUAGAAGAUGCACUGGAUGUGCAAUGCAUUAUGUUGUCUUCUAUGUCUCCCGAGUUGCAAAGACAACAUAAGAACAUGAGUGCUAGGGAGAUUGAUCAGCACUUGCGUGACCUCUUCCAAGAGAGUGCGAGAGUAGAGAGGUAUGAAACCUCUCGAGCACUAUUUCAUACUAUGCUGGAGGAAGGCAACCAAGUUGGGUCUCAUGUAUUCAAGAUGAUCGGGUACAUAGAGAGGCUCGAGAACUUAGGUUCCAAGUUAGACCAAGACAUGACUGUUGACCUAAUCUUGUCAUCACUACCUCUAUCAUUUUCCCAGUUCGUGUUGAAUUUCAACAUGAACAACAUGGACAAGAGUUUGACUGAUCUGAUGGUAAUGUUGAAAACUGCUGAGAAGGAUAUGAAGGUAAAUCCUUCACUGCAUGCAAUAAUGGUCAGAAAGACCAACAAGUGCCUAGCACCGGGAAGUUCAAUCCCAAGGCUAAUGUAG